AUGGGCCCAUUUUGGCUGUGGCUGCUGGUCACCAAGGUCCUGCUCCCUGUUCAUUGUCAGCCAUUUUCUGCCCAUGCAGAGAAGAGUCUGGGGGUGCCUCAGGCAGCCAGUCACCAGCUCCUGGAGCCAGCACCCGCCUAUCACAAGGUCACUCCCACCAUCACCAAUUUUGCUUUGCGUCUGUACAAGCAGCUAGCAGAGAAGGUCCCCGGAAACGUGCUCUUCUCCCCUGUGAGCCUUUCUAGCAUCGUGGCCCUUCUCUCUCUUGGGGCACCUGCUGACACCCAGGCUCAGAUGCUGGAAAGCCUGGGCUUCAACCUCACAGAGACCCCAGCCCCUGACAUCCACCGGGGGUUCCAGAGCCUCCUGCACACACUUGACCUGCCCAGCUCCAAACUGGAACUGAAAGUGCGACAUUCCCUGUUCCUAGACAGGCAGCUGAAGCCUCAGCAGCACUUCCUGGACAGCGCCAAGGAGCUGUAUGGAGCGCUGGCUUUUUCUGCCAACUUCACAGAUGCAGGUGCCACAGGGCAGCAGAUCAAUGACUUGGUGAGGAAGCAGACCUACGGGCAGGUGGUGGGCUGUCUCCCGGAGUUUGGCCACGACACCUUCAUGGUUCUCUUGAACUACAUCUUCUUCAAAGCCAAGUGGAAGCAUCCCUUUGAUCGCUACCAGACCCGGAAGCAGGAGAGCUUCUUCUUGGACCGGAGGACGGUGCUCCGGAUCCCCAUGAUGCAGCAGAAGGAAAUGCACAGGUUUCUGUAUGACCAGGAAGCAUCGUGCACUGUCCUUCAGAUUGAGUACAGCGGCACCGCCCUGCUGCUGCUGGUCCUCCCUGACCCUGGGAAGAUGCAGCAGGUAGAGGCCUCCCUCAAGCCAGAGACGCUGAGAAGGUGGGGCCAGCUGUUCCUGCCCAGAAAAGCUCAGGCAGGUGGAGGAGGUGAUGAUGGCUUUCAUUGGGGCAGUGUCAGUAAAUGGACGUAGGAUACAGUUGGGGAGCUGAGCCUGAAGCACCUGAUGAAUCAGAUGUGGGGUCUGUUGGAUUUGCACCUGCCAAGGUUCUCAAUUUCUGCAUCCUACAACUUGGAAGAGAUCCUGCCCCUCAUUGGUCUCGGCAACAUGUUUGGUGUGGAAGCUGACCUAUCAGGAAUCAUGGGGCAACUCAACAAAACUGUCUCCAGGGUGUCACACAAGGCCGUAGUGGACAUGAAUGAGAAGGGGACGGAGGCUGCAGCUGCCUCUGGCCUCCUUUCCCAGCCCCUGCCCCUGAACAUGACAUCGGCCUCACAAGCCCAUUUCAACAGGCCCUUCCUACUCCUCCUCUGGGAGGUGACCACACAGAGUCUGCUCUUCCUGGGAAAAGUGGUCAACCCAGCUGCUGUGUAA